CGGAGUGAUAGGUGAUAUCUAGAUUUCAUUCGUGUUAUUUCGAUCUGUAAAGUGUUGAAAUUGAUUGAGAAACUCUGAUUGUGUCACAUGUCUAGACUCUCUAAGCAAUUGAGUCUGCUUGACGUACUGGUUUUGUGGUUAUCGAUGGCAAAAGUGUUGAUCCCAAUCGGUUUUUAGUUGGGCCACGUGCUGGCCAUUUUUAACUGAGUAAACUUUAAUCUCACGGCACGAAUUAACUAAAGAACUGGAGUUCUUCUUCAGUUUCAUCAAGCAGAUAUACUUUUGGGGUAUGCCCUUCUCUUCGUUGAGAGAGUCAUCAUCAUGUGGUCAGAACACUUACAUCCUGGUUUUCGUGUCAUUGAAAAGGAAAUUAUGGGAACCAGAUGACAAAACACACAAGGGUACGAUAUGGGCGAGCCCAUCGACUAGCUCAACUGGAUGCUGCCACCUGGUGUCGUUCAACUGAAAAUCCUCCGUUGGUUGCGUGGGUUUCGGAAACAAUUGCCCCCGUCGUCUAUACUCCACAACAAUACGAUUGGAGAGAGCCAACAAACAGCCCAGCAACUCGGCAGCACUUUGCAAUUGAAAGCUCUCCAAUGAUGAGUUAAAUCGUCGUCAACAGCAACAACAAGAGCAGUGGCAACGCGACAAGCGACACAACCGAAAAAACCUCGUUGAGGCUAUGGACGCUAAAUUGGAGACUGGCAGCAGCCGCUAACAGCUGCGAUAUCCUCCCGGACGUUCGUUGUACCUCUUUUCAUCUGGCCAUCAACCGACGACGACUAGCAGUUCCAGCUCUUUUUUUCUCUCCUCCACCCGAUCAGAUUGAACGGCACUUCCUGUCACUGUGUGAUAAAAGAAAAAAGGGAAGAAGAAGAAGAAAAGGUACAGGACUAGUGUACAAACAAACAAACAAUUUUCAUGUGUUGCAUGCGGGCGAAACAUGGCUGAUAUCGGUCGACGCCAGCAACCAACAACGGCGACCCUUGCAUCAUCAACAGUUCACUCUGAGCUGCAGUGGCGUUCAGAAGAGGAGGAAGACGACUCUGAGGAGCACACGGAAGAUUCGGCUUCGUCCUCGUCGGACGAACGUGAACCGCUGCACAUUGAAACGGCUGCCCAGCAGCAGCAGCAACAGUGCAGCUACCUGGCUACCAGUAGUGAGAGCCAGCCCUUCAGCAGCAACCACAUCGGUGGCGUCACGCCCAAUCACCCAGGUUACGCGGAGCAGGGCUAUCAUUCCCAGCAUCAGCCGCGCCAUUUGAAUCAUUUGAACAUGUCGGAAGACGAUUUCGAAGGCAUGUACAACAAUUGCGGCGAGGAAUUGUACGAGGCGGAUCCGCACGGACUUCCGCAACAGCACAGACAACCACAUAAUAGCGGCGGCACGACUGGCCAGCAGCGCCUCAACAAUGGCCAGCAUCCCAACCGUCGGUCAACCAAAACGCAACACAUUGGAUCUUCUCCUCGCAGUACGGGCGCUGCCAUGGGUUCGCGAUCCGGCCGAGGCCAACAACAACAACAACCGCACCAGCAUCAUCAUCAUCACCAUCAACAGCCGCCACCGCCACCAGCAGGAGGACUAGCAUCACAACAACAGCCUCAAGAUUUGAUGAUGAACAGCCCCCAGCACCAGCAUCAUCAACGAUCUGGACGCGGUGGCGGCCGCUUGCCCGUCGGUUCUAAAUCGCCGUCGGCCAGUAGCCAACAGUCGGACCCCAUCUAUCCGCUGGACGCCGGCAUGGAACCAUACUCGACCCUAUCAGAUCACGGAACGCCUCCGCCGGCUCCUGCUCCCGGCAACGGUAUGGGAGCCCCUCCGCCUCCGCCGGAUUUCCCGCCUCGCGGUUCGUCGUUCAACCACCCGAGUUUGAUUGCGCUGCAGGGACAACAGCAGCCGAUGCAGCAACAGCGUGCCGCCACUCUGGUGGUCACCAAAGACAACAGCGACGAGCCGCCGACCUACGAAGUCAUUCCCUAUUCGACCGGCAAGACACCGUCGAACUCUGGCUGGAACUUUCUACCGGCAGACAAUAACCGACAGCACGGAAGUCACACACUGGGCCACAACACGUUAAACAGGGGACACCACAAUGGGCCGAACACGGUCUCCUCUUCGAACAUCACCAACCCGAUGAUGAUGAACGCCCCCAACAAUCAUCACGUCCUGACGCCAGUGCCAGGCGAUCCGUCUGGCCGUCUCGUCAUGACCCUGCUGCCCAGUCAGGGUCCUCAUCACGACCUGAUGCACGGCCAGCACGACCCCAACAUUCAUCACCACAGCGGAGCCAGUCACACGAGCAGCAGUCAUUCAACCAGAUACAAUCACCCAGGGCACGGGACGAGCACCAGCCGCCAGACGCUGACGUCUUCUCUCCAAUCGUCGUGGCUGAUGCGUCGUGGCAACGGAGACGCCCGCUCGUCGUCGUCGGGCGCCGACAUGAACCACCACCAUCAUCUCGGGCUGGGCGUCAUCGGCGGAGGACGGGGAGUCGGCGGCGGUCCCGGCAAGGGCUGCGCCACGCCCCAAUGUUCGUGGCGCCUUUUGGCCAUCGCUCUCUUGCUCACCUGCGGAUUACUUGCGGCGGCUCUCGCCUACUUUACCGUGAGCUCAAUCGGAGCGUCGACGGCGUCGGACCCCAACUGCAUCCUAAUCGAGGACGCUCAAGUCACUUUGCCCAGAGAGGACAACGUCAACAACAACAAAAUGCCCGUCAAAGAAUCCGCACCGCCUCGAACAGCUUCCAGUUCUGUCGCGAGCACUGGCGAUCCCGGUGGGGGUGAGAGCGGAUCUGGCCGGCCAUCUCGACAGGAGCAACCGGUAUCUUCUUUGAACGAAACACCCGCCGCCAACAACAAAAAUUCGUCGCCGGAUCUCGCCGGAUUGGGAAUGGUCCCCAUCAGCUCCUCCACCAACGGAGCCAUGGAACUGGAAGCGGACGGCCGUUUCAAACUCCUAACGAUCGAACCAGCUCAACUUUGGGUGGCUUACGUGCAAAUUGGCGGAAGCCAGUCGGCUCUCCGGAUGGAAGUCCAGCUACCGCGGGGCGCUCCUUUCGCUCUGUACGGACGUCGCAACGCGGCACCUUCCAUCACCCAACACGAUUUCAGCCAAUUUGUCCACGAUGAGACUCUGAUGGCCCGAUUCCGGCGCCAGCUCAACUCCUCGUCCAGCCCAACUACCAGCAGCCGGCCCGCUUAUUACAACACGUCACUAGUCAAACCCGUGGAACCUGGGCGCUGGUUCCUGGCCGUCUACAACGACGACUCGCAGCGUCAGGAUGUGGCCGUCGGUUUAACACUCACCAACGAGGUUGCCACUCCUUGUCCGGAUGACUGCAACGGACGUGGGCAAUGCCUCAACGGCAAAUGUCUUUGUCGCGACGGAUUUGCUGGAACCGACUGCUCGACAAGUGUGUGCCCGGUACUGUGCAGCGGCCGAGGAGCUUACGGCGGAGGUCGCUGUCAUUGCGAAGCCGGCUGGACAGGAGCGGAAUGCGAUCAGCCCUACAGCGAGCUGAGUGCUGCUUCCAGUUCGACCGGCGGAGGAUUCGUCAUCAGCUGCUCGAUUCCGUGCUCGGUGCACGGAACUUGCGUCAACGGCCGUUGCCAGUGUGACGCGGAGCACACGGGCGCUUCGUGCGAGACUCCUUUGUUAACCUGCCAAUCGGAUUGCGGACCGAACGGCCGUUGCGUCAACAGCAGUUGCUUAUGUAACGCCGGAUGGAUGGGUUCUCGUUGCCAUCUGGUGUCGACGUCGUGCGAUCCUCGUUGCAGUCAACACGGCCAGUGCGUCAACGGUACCUGCAUCUGCUCACGGGGAUGGAACGGACGUCAUUGCACUCUCGAUGGAUGUCCGGGUAACUGCGGCAACAAUCGAGGCGUUUGCUUGCAGAGCGGAAAAUCCGGAAACGGAAUCAACAGUUUGCUGCUGGCCAAUCAAUUCAGGUGCGAAUGCGCUCCGGGAUGGACUGGAACUGAUUGUUCCAUCAUGACGGAAACGGAAUGCGGCGACGACAAGGAUAAUGACGGCGAUGGGCUGACGGAUUGCGCCGACAGCGAUUGCUGUUCCAAUCCCUCGUGUACCGACCAUUUGAUGUGCCUAGCGUCAGCCGAUCCGGCCGACAUCGCCUCCCGGAAGCCGGUCCUCUCCAGCAACGGGGGCGGUGCCAGUAGUUUCUACCAGCGCGUGAAAUUCCUCGUCGAAGACAACGCCGUCCAGAGCUACGCCCACAAGGACGAAUAUGUUGACAAGAGAGUGGCUGUGUUGCGCGGAAGAGUCUUGUCCCAGCAAGGAUUAGGCGUCGUGGGUGUCCGUGUCAGUGUUGACCGUCAUCCCCGUUUAGGCUUCACUCUUACACGUCAUGGAGGAUGGUUUGACAUUUUGGUUAACGGUGGAGGGGCAGUGACAUUGCAAUUCCAACGUAAUCCUUAUCGACCUGAAAUGAGGACAGUUUGGGCAGCUUGGAACCGGAUCGUCGUGCUGGACAAGGUCGUUCUCCGUCUCGGAGACAGCAGCGAUAAUUUGGCUUCGGGCAGUGGUGGCGAUCGGAAUUCCAAACAGUCGAGUGACAAGCCACAAUGUCAAAUUGACGAGCUGGAAAUGAUUCAGCCGAGCGUUCUCAAUGCGCAGGAUGCCGAAUUCCACCACCAGUCAGGCGACGGGCAACUGGGCUUACUCUUGGCCGACAAACAAGUCUUGCAGGAAGUGGUGCCCAUUCCUGGACUGCCCGAUUACAAACUGGUUUAUCGUUCGGAGAACGCGCUCAACUAUCACUCGCUACUCAGACUGCAACUCACAUCGGCCCAGAUUCCCACUCAGCUGGGCUACGUCCACCUUCGGCUGAUUGUCGAGGGCACCGUUAGCGAAGUGACGUUGGAGGCCGAAGCUAAUCUGACGUACGCUUUCGCUUGGGAUCGACACAAUGUUUACGGUCAAAAGAUCCACGGCAAAACGGAAGCCUACGUCCACGUCGGCUACCAAAGUUCCUUCGACGGCUGCCUGACUUCGUGGCAAACGCUGGUGGCCCCAAUGGCCGGCUUCGCUCCCAAUAUCUCGGCUCUCGGAGAAUUCAAUGUCGAUGUCCAUCACCAUUUCAUCGCUGGGCAGAACGUCCUGUUCCGUGGUGAUGGCGGACAGAUGGAUCUCAGAUCUGGUCCGCGUCAACUGAGUCUGACCAUUGGAACUGGAUCGCCCCGAUCACUAACCUGUGUCGAAUGUCAGUCUGCUUCGCCGAGCGCCUACGCUAAAAUCCUCAACCCGGUUGCUAUGGCUAGCGCAGGCGACGGAUCCCUCUACGUUGGUGACUUCAAUUUGGUGCGGAAGGUGACCCCCGAAGGAAGAGUUUUCACGGUCCUUCACCUGCCGACUGGACAGGUUUCCUACUCAUAUUAUUUGGCCGUGUCGCCCAUCGACGGCUCGCUCUACUUGUCCGACUGCGAGCGAAAGCAGAUUCUCCGUGUGACGGCCGUCAGUGAAGAGCAGCUACUCAACCCUUCAUCUCCAUCUUCCCUCGCUGGAUUGGAUAACAAUUACGAAGUUGUCGUCGGAUCCGGAGAGCCUUGUUUGCCUGCCGAUCCGGAAAUGUGCGGUGACGGUCGUCCAGCCCUUGAAGCCCGCCUGGUUUUCCCCAAAGGUGUCGCCGUUUCGCCGGAUCGCAUCUUGUACUUUGCCGACGGCACUUCCAUCCGUUACGUCGACGGCAGCGGAAUCAUCCGGACUCUAGUCGGCCGUCCUGCCAAUCCGAUUUACGGGCUCCACCCGGCGCCGUGCAACGCCGCCGUCCGACCGACACAGAUCCAGCCGCUGUGGCCGACUCAGGUGGCCCUCAAUCCCAUCGACAACACUCUCCACUGGAUCGACAACAAUGUCGUGCUGAAGCUCACGGCUUCGCAGUUCGUCCAAGUUGCAGCCGGUCAACCUCAACACUGUGCCGCUCAAUCGGCUACUCCUUUCACGUCUGGUAGCCACAUCGCUGGUUUCGCAUUUGGACCGGCUGGCCAGCUUUAUCUCGUCGAGAAGCCUGGAGUCAAUUCGACGCGACUCAUUGAGACAGACUCUAGUGGUCGCAGUGAACCGUUGAAGUGCAUUUCCAGUGACAGCACUCUACCCUGCAACAUUCCCACCUCAAUUAGCUCGAUGGCCGUCUCUCCGGACGGAGCUGUCUACGUCGCCGACAAACAGCUGUUGCAAAUCUUUUCGCUGGAUUAUGUCAACCCGCAACCCGACCCGCUGUCAGGCGAAUAUUCCAUCAACUGGCCAUCAGUUGGCGAAGUCUUGGUCUUCAAUCGCUACGGCCAGCACGUCACCACAAAAGAGCCCAUUAGUGGUAACAUCAAAACCACUUUCUCCUACACCCGGAAUGGACCUUCCGGACGAUUGAUGGCCAUCAUUGACUCUCGCGGCAACAAAGUGGACUUUGUCCGCGAAUCUGGUGGCGAUCAGUUGAUCCAGGCUAUUGAAACUAGCGCGGCCGUUAAAAGCCAUCUGACUGUCAGCCGGAUGACGGGCUCUCUGACCCACAUCAACUCGUCCAACAAUUGCUUCACGCUAUUCGAUUACGAUUCAGUGUCGAAAUUGCUGGUAGGACGGACCGAAUCGGAUGGACUGACGACCAUUUACCGCUACGAUCAGCACGGAAGACUCAUUCAAACUGUUCUUCCGGAUGGCGAACGCUACACCUUCGAUGCGACUCCGACUUCUACGGCGAUCCGCAUUUCUUUGGAGCGCGACAACCCGGUUGAAUUGACCAUUUCCGGGGCAGCCAUCCAAUCAGGAGAGAAAAAAGUGCUUUAUAACUUGAUGAAGAAUGGCUCCUCGGUGAUGGAAUGGGCCGGCGACAACCAGUACAGCUUCCAGCCUUUGCAGCAAGGAGGGAGUGAAGGUUGGUCGGAGCGACUUCAGCUGUCUGGUGGAUCCGCCAUCCGCGGUGAGUGGGCCACAAGCCUUCAGGUCGGAAGUAGCGGCAGUCGAUCUCAGGACAAAACAAUCAGGAUCAAUGGCGCCAAGUUCCUCGUCGCUGAAAUAGAUGGCCAGUCUGGUGGCCGACAAUUGUACGACAACGACCGGCAACUGGUCAUGGGAUUUCAUUGUGAUACGCAAGGCCACUUGAAGGAACUUCGGCUACCCCCGGGUUUCCAUGGAAUUCGCUACAACUACGACGGAAAUGGCCGUCUUCAAAGCUGGGUAUGGGGUCAACGACAGGAAGUCUACAGUUACGACACGCGAGGGUUGCUGGCCGAGACUCGUUCCCGGUCAGAUGGCAAUUCAGGAUCGAGGACAAUCAUUUACGGUCCUAACGAUGUGCCUACGAAGAUAACACUCGCGAGUGGGCGAUCCUUUAGCUACGCGUAUGACGAAUCCGGAGGUCUGAAAUCAUUGACGCUUCCAUCUGGCAACGGCCGUCAUAGUUUCUCCGUCCAGCCUUCAAUGGGUUAUUACAAGCUGAUCUACUUACCACCUGGCAGCAGCACGAGCUCAACUAGCCAGAACGCUUACGUCGAACACUACGAUUCGGAAGGCCGCAAACUCUUGGCCAUGUUCCCGGGCGAGAGUGGACGCAUAGUCUAUCGGUACCGAGGAUCGCAGUUGGCUGAGGAAGUUUGCGGUGAUCGUCGCAUCGAUUACUCGACGGAAGAUGACGGCGUAACGACAACAACCACGGUGACUGAACGGGAAUUCGAAUCGCGUACGGACGUGACCGUCAACAACGCCAAAUUAAUUUUGGAAGACAAAACGGAUUACGGAGCCAAGACGGGACUAGCUGGAUUCAAAUUCGUCUACGGUUACGAUUCGCUGUUGAGACCGUCCAGCAUCAAGGGGCGCAUUGGUGGUCAAAUCCUUCCCGAUUGGCCACUCAGCUACCAGAUCAAAACAGGUUCACUGGAACAGAUGGGCCAGUUCAAGAUUUCCCGGCUGCGACCCAAUGAGACUUCCUACUUUGACGGAACGGCCAUCUUCACCCGAACGCUGAAUCCUCACUUGGAAUUGUCGGCUUCGUCGUUGACGCUACACAAUGAAGAAGUUUUCAGGAUGGAGUUGAGCUACGACGCCGCCGGAAGGAUUAACCAGACUCGCACAUACACUCGCUACCUGGGCCUGAAAUCCUAUGUCAACAUCAAGAACCUAACGUACGAUGCCGAUGGUCAACUGGCGUCGGUGGAAGCUCCCGAAUCGUGGCGCUUUGGAUACGACCAGCACGGCAACUUGGCCAAAUUGACGUACCGCGGGAAUUCCAUCCCCAUGCAGCAUAACGGAUUCGAUCGGUUGGUCAAGUUUGGCGAGGGCGCCUACCAGUACGACGACGCUGGCAACGUCAUUCAAAAUGCCAGAGAAGAGAAAUUCCAGUGGUCUGCAUCCGGACUGCUCAUCCGAGCCCAGAAAAAAGGCAUGUUUGAUGUCAGAUAUUUUUACGACCAUCAGCGACGUCUAGUCGGACGGCGGGACCAGCAUGGCAAUGUGACGCAGUUUUUCUACGCCAAUCCACAGCGUCGCCAUCAAGUGACUCACAUAUUUAGCCCGCGGGAUCUUCGACUGACAACGCUGACUUACGACGAAUUCGACCACCUGAUGCACUUCCAGAUCCUUCGCCAUCGCUACUACGUCGCCACUGGUGAUCGUUGCGGCACUCCGUCGGUCGUUUUCAGCCAGAAAGGUGAAGUGGUCCGCGAAUUGGUCCGCUCCCCUUACGGUCACGUCGUUUACGAUUCCAAUCCCUACCUGUACAUGCCGAUCGACUGGUGUGGAGGUAUCGCAGAUCCAGCCACGGGGCACGUCCAUGUCCGCGGCGAUCGCAUCUACGAUCCUCUGAUUGGUCAGUGGCUCAAUCCUGAAUGGCAACGGGCCACGAAGAUGACCUACCAACCCGAACUGGUCCACUUGUACAGACUCCCCGGCAACGAUCCUGUCAACUUGGAUGCAUUUGGUUUGUCCGGCUCUCAUCGCUUGUCUCAUACCAGUCGCUACCCUCAGUGGCUCAGUCGCAUGGGAUACCAACUGCCUACCAUUCGAUCACCUUAUCAGGAAGACAACAGUGCGCUCGUAGCAGGAAAGUCGAUCGUCAGACAGCCCCCGAUCUUGACCACCAGUCGACUUUUGGAAUUGAACCUGAGGCGCAAGUCGCUGCACGAGUUUGCAGAUUUCGCAUCCAAAUGUUCGACUCCCAACGCCGACCAAAUGGAACUGAACGAGAUCCGAUUCGCACUCGCUCCAUCGACUUUGGGCAGAGGCAUUCUGGUGUCGAGGAGCUCUGAUGGGCGCUCUAUCGUUUCCUCAACUUCUUUGGCCGAUCCGGUCAUUCGCGACGUCUUCACCAACGUUUUUAAUAAUUCCCGUUGGCUGAAUUUAACGUUGCCUGGACAUGGUCAUGGGCAAGACACGUUCCACUUUUUCAAGCGCGGCGAUAAUGUCAGAAUCAAAGUGGCCGAGGAUAUGGCUGCCCUGCGCCGACUGGGACCUAAUGUCAAUCUGACAAUGCACGACACGCCGGACACGGGUGCCAAAGAGAUCAAAAUCGCUACAGGCCAUGGCAACUUUGUAGUUAUUUAUGGUACCGAUUUGGCCGCCGAAACGGAGCUGCUGUGGCGACACUCGGUCAAGUUAGCCGCCCGCCGAGCCUGGCAUCGCGAGCAAAUCCUGGCCCGCCGCGGAGGUAUCAACACAUUCCUCAUGACGCAGAGCGAAAUGGAGCAACUGUCUCGCGACGGUCACCUGCCCAAUUACCGGCCAGAGUUGCAGCAGUCGUUGUGGAAUUAUCCGUUACUAGCCGAUGAUCCCACAGCCAUGAGAUUCCGCAAACGCAACGCAGCCGGAUCUUCUUCGCUGGAUGUCCCCCGUCGUUGAAAGCGUGUCGACUUCAUGUCCAAGAAUCUUUGAUGAAAUUUGUCCCUAAAACUGUGAUACGUGCCAAACUAUAAAAGUGCCCCCGCUCCCCAACCUAAUCUAAUGUUUUCCCGAUUUUUUUUUCUUGCUUUCCGAUUUUCUCUCCUCCCAUGAUAAUCCCGCACGUAUAUGAAACUUACCGUAUUAUAUACCCAUAGGGAAACCAUACCAGCACAGUGCUAGCAUAUAUAGUAUUAGUGCUCAUACGUCUGAUUAAUCCGAAUCGACCCAGUUUUUAUAAUAUACUGAAAAUUGUCAGUGUCUUGUGUAGUCGCUAUUGUGUACAUUUUGCUUUUUAAAAAUACGGCCAACUCACAAGUCGACUUGGAGAAAAGUGGGCAUUUUCAUCUGCGACUAGUUUGAUGAAGACGCGUGAUCUUUCUACGAUAUCAUUUCUUAAAUUUGUUCAUCAAUGAAAGGCACGUCGUGGGAAGUUCCGCACUGCUUGCGCAGCUUAUCGGCUGACUUUUGAUUUUUCAUCGUGUCAAGAGCACAAUUUUGUUUUGGUCGAAUUCUCUUCUCAAUAUUAUUGCUCUCUCGUAUUACAAUGGACAUAAAAGAUAUACAUAUGAUUAUAUAAAUGCUGUCGCAUAUUAUUUUAAAAUCAUGUAUAAAAUUUUUCUUUGUAUUUGUUCAAUUUGUUGUGUUAGCCCUCAUUUGACUGUUUCUGAUCAAGUUUGUCACAAAAUGUUCAGUGCUAUGUGUAUUUUAAAAACUCUGAAUUAACUCGUCGCUGGGAAAAUAAAAGAAAAUAUAUCUAAUAAAA